CGGGGCUGGGACAGCGGUCGGACACGGGGAGCAUGUCGGCUGUCACCCGGCUGGCCCCUUUCUCACGCGUAGCAGGCUGUCUCUUGCGAGGUGGUCGCGCGCGGCCUGCCGGAGGCGGUGGAGUGCGGCAUGUUUUGUCUCCUAGUGCUGGUAGUGGUGCACACGCCUCGCCCCGGUACAGAGAGUGUCCCCAGCCCUCCAGGUACCGGGUGAUCCAGGCCGAGAUCUUAAGCGCAACCAUGUGGUUCUGGAUUCUCUGGCGCUUCUGGCAUGACUCGGAUGCUGUGUUGGGUCACUUCCCAUAUCCAGACCCUUCCCAGUGGACGGAUGAAGAGUUAGGGAUCCCUCCUGAUGAUGAAGACUGAAGUGUGGGCUCCGCUCUUUACAAGGAGGAGCCAGGUGAAAAUGUCAAGAAAUACAGACUUCCUAUUGUAGAUUAAAGUUGUAAAUUAAAGCAGUUUGGCCAAGAA